CCACUGUUAUGGCUUCCAUUGAUACCGGUGACAACUUUUGAUGUUGAAUAAUUUCUCAGGUCACUGGAGUUCUUCCCCAUCCACAGAGGCAAAAUUAAUCUGUUUAAUAGCUCCAUGCUCCUACGCAUUAUACGUUCACGAAGGGUACAAACUACGCGUGCCAUUCAUCCCCGAAAGCACAUAUGUCCAUUUUUCCACCGCUACACAUAUCGUAAAAUUCAAAUGACAUUGAAGAUAUACUCUUUGUAGCGGCUGUUCCAGACAAUUACGUUUUUUUUAUUACCCUUUUCGCAACAGUAGCUGCGGCUAGACAUUUGUUUGUGUACAUGACUAUAUCAAAUCACCGCUAUGUUACAAACACAGGCUAGUUCUCCGCUUGGUUGCGUUGAUUACAGUACUCUUUUAGGGUCACCUUAGAACUGCGCGCGGAGUAAUGUAAUUAGAUCAGGUAUGUUGCCGAGCGGGAAAACCGCUUCCUCGAAAAAAAGUAUUGUUCCUUAUUCCUCAACUUCCAAGCAUUUUCCAUGAAUCAGGGGUAACAUACUGUACAUGUACGUGUACUGUACAUCAAAGAAAUGUGUGCAUUAUGUUUGAUACACAGCAGUGUUUUUCAUCAAAAGCUCUAGGCCUAUUUACGUCAAUACAUAACUGUAUCCAAAAAUCGUCAAAUACCAACACAAGUAAUGACUUACGCGAUGAAUUGUUAUUCGUUUGUAAAAAAAAAUUCCGCGGAGCCACUUCUCCAAAUUUACUCGUGGAAACAUAACUUUUGUUUUAUGUGGCGUUCACCCCCCUCUGAGUCAAAGCGCUGCACCCAUAGCUAAUUUAAAUAUCAAUAGGGUCCCGUUGCCCGUAACAACCACCGUCGUGGUGAUCACUCGGUGUACACAAUCCACAGACAAACCGCCUGGCAUGCCCAUGAAAAGCUGGAUAGCCACUGAGCGUGUUGGCAACGCAUACAAGUCCAUUUUCAAGUCUAGACAGCAGAUGUUUUUUGAAAUUGUGCAUCGCUUCAGAGUGUUAAGAAUUGAGAAGAUUUUUAGGUCCAAUUUUGAUGAAGAACGGCGCGUGAUCUAAGCAUGUCGCAAGCUGUCAUUUCCCGGCCGGCGUCCGUGCUGAACGUGGGGCCCAGAUCUAGCCAUGGUGUCCCCACCAACCUGCCGGAGAUCCAGCACCCGCUGUCCCGUCUGGGCAACCCAGAGAAGCUGAAUGUCCGCGGCCUGGCCAGCCAACAAGGGGCACGGCCUGGUAGCCACCCGGCCCUUGGUGAGCCGCAGAUGAGCUUCUCAGCCCCCCGUCUGUCGGUGUCUGCCGGUGGAUUGGGUGCCGGGGGCGAAGCCGCCCGCCGGUCACUCCCGAAGAUCCCCCGGCCGUUCUCCAACAUCCCCGAGGGUGUGGAGGUGGUGGAAGCCGAAGAUCAGACCAAGACAAGAUUGCCAGUGUUCGGCUCUCGGGCUGACUUGACAAGUCGGGCAGAGAAUCGGGCUGUUAGCGUGGCCUCUCGCAUGUCCAGACCAGAAACCAGAGUACGACUUGAAGUUGAUGAGAUUGAGAUGAUUCUCCGUGAAAAGGUGAAGAAGUCUUACUUUGAGCUGCGGAAGCUCUUUGUGUCCAAUGACCCUGAAGGUCGGGGCAUCGUCAGUCGCGAGGCCUUAAAUCGCAUCCUCAUCACUUUCGCAGGCCGCUUCAUCAGCACAAAACAGUUCAACGCCCUUCUUGCAAGAUUCCGUCUCAGCGAGAACAAAGUCAUCAAACUGGAGGACUUUUAUGCCUGCUUGAGGGAAACCAUCACCCGGAAUGAGAUGCCCGCCUGGAUGGAUCCCGUCAACAGAGGGCCAGCCGACAAGAUUACAAUGUCGGCCACACAGGUCCAUGCACAGCUAAAGGAGAAAGCCAGACAAAGGUUCCUGGAUGUUGCAGAGAUGAUCCCUCAAAUGAACCCUGGAGGUACAGGUCGCAUCCUAAAACCCGAGUUCAGGAACGCCCUCAACAAGAUGCUCUUUUUUAUGGAUGACGAUGAGUUUGAGAAGCUGUGGAAUAGGUAUGACACCGAUGGGCUAGGUGUCAUCAAGGGUGAGCGGUUGGUGAAUAAAUUGGGCAUCAGUCUACGAUCGGGCACUGCCAUGCCACUUGAAGAGGGCUUCAGAUCAGGAGCAGGCAGCCCCGAACUCAGCCCAAGGGGAUCACCUAGGAGACCUCGUCGGCUGGAGGCUGAGCGGUCAAAGUCUCUGGACAUUGAGCGAUGGCUGAAGGAUAAAUUCAGACAGGGUUACUACAAGAUGAAGAAGGACUUUGAGAAGUACGACAUUGAGAAGAAAGGAGAGGUGGAGCUUUCCAAGUUUCGUGAAGUUCUGGAACGUUUUGAUCUCAAGCUGGACACGAUGCAACUGGAUGCCUUCUUGUCCCGCUGCAACUUGACUGUCCACCCCAAGACAAGGGCUGUGUCUUAUCUGGACUUUCUGCAAAGGUUCCAGGAUCGUAGCGAUGCUGGACUGCCACACAAGAUCCUCCUGAAUCCUGAACACAUGUACAACCGGAGUGUGCGAGCGGACAGUCCGGGUGCAGCGACCAACGUGACAGCAGCAGAAGCGAGGAUGAUGGGUCUCUUCCAGACUGAUUUCCUGGCUCUUCUUGGCAUGUUUCACAAAAUUGACAAGCUGCGGACCAACGUGAUCAGCCAACAGGAAUUCCGUGCCGCCAUUCAGAGCCGGUACAACAUCGACAUGACUGACGAGGAGUUUGGAGCACUUGUGGAUAGGCUGCCACUGGAUGACGAGGGUAACGUGAAGUAUGUAGACUUCAUGGCCGACUUUGACACAAGGGGUGGAGUGGCACCAAGUCUGCUGGAUACCAAAUCUGUCUACAACAGGUCAUCCAGUCCGGAGGACAUGGCAAUGGACCAAGGACCCACAGGACUACGGGACAGCUAUGAGGAACCGAUGGACUUUGAGGAGUUCAAGAAGGGCAGGCCCCUGAAAGAGAUUUCGGCCGCCGUCAAAGCUCUUUUACGAGAUCGCUUCACAGAGGUCGAGGAAGUCUUCCGUGAGCUAGAUGAGCAGAACACAAAACACAUGACCCAAGAAAUGAUGUUUAGAAUGUUUAAGAAACUGAACAUGAAGCCAGAGAUAACGAGGGGAGAGAUCCGUCGUCUUUGGGACACCUUCAUCACCUCCCAGAACCGGACUUACAGCUUCCUGGAAUUUGUCCGCCAUUUCGGCUACUCCAUGAAAUCGGCCGCCUUCCCCAAUGCCAAGAUCUCCCCGCCCAAGAGAGGGGACUCUGAUUUCCUCAUCAGGUCCCGGAAACUUAACUGUGCCGCCGAUAUGCUUGAGGACAACCUCAGGUCAAAGGUUGAUUACAUGUGGGACGAUCUUAGGAAGGAAUUCUUGGGCCUGGACGUUUAUGGUACCGGCUUCAUCAGCAAGGAGGAAUUCCGAGAUGUUCUACAAGAACUCUGUGUACAUCUCAGUCCGUAUGAGCUUGAUGCCCUGUGCAGUAAAUUUGAGAUCAAACAAGAUGGCAGGGUGUCCUAUGUUGAAUUCCUGAAACCGUUUGCCUUGCGGAAGCAGACCCAUCGCUACGGCAAUAACAUGCUGUCAUUGCUGACGCACCCCCAGGCUGAGGUACCCAUCGCACCCAUCGUCAACGAGCCAGUCAAAGGGCUAAGCGGCAUCACUGCUCGGCUUAGACAGAGGUUGGUGGGCGACUGGAGAACCCUUCGCCGUGCCUUCAAGAAGAUGGAUCUAGGCCACACAGGCUACUUGUCCCUGCCGGAGUUCCGCAACGUCCUGAGAUUGUGCAACAUGGUGCUUGAUGAGGAUGAGGUCUAUCACGUCAUGUCAGAAUUUGAUGAGAAGAUGGACGGCAAGAUCAACUACAACAAAUUCCUGACUGAGACGUUCAAUGCUGACGUCAAAGCGCCAUGAGUAUUUCACCCGACUGCAGGUAAUGGGAUUGGCUCGUGAACUACAGAUGGCCAGUGAAUCUCGGCUUAGUCAAGACCAAUCUGUGGACUCAUCUCACACCAACCAUUCAAGCCAAGAUUUUGGAAAUAGCUCGUAAGGGGCUGGCCAGAUCCGCAGAAAUGAUUUUGUUGUAAAAGUUUGUUCAGUCAGGAUGUAGUGUUCCGUUUAUUGGCAAAAGGGCUUUGUUGGAAAGUAUAAUAUGCAUGAGCUAUGAUAUGUUCAUUUAGUAAGUCAUCUACACUGAGGUUGUUGCAUUUUAAACAUAUUUUACUGAAUAUGUGUGUGAGUUUGCAGGUCAUGUUACUGUGGACAAGAAUUUGAAUAAAGGCACAGAUAAGUUUUCAGACCUCUACUUUUGCAGAAUUGGACAAUUAAAAGCAAUGAGGUGAUUAAAGAUGCAAAAAUGAACAAAAAAUCAGUAUUUCUUAAACUGUAUUGUAUCCCACAAAUUUGGUUUCAUUAAAAAUGCAGCACGUCCAGCUGGUCAGGUUUAAUUUAAAAAAAAAAGCUUACCAUCUGGAUGUAUAUGGUUCAGAAAUAUUUUGUGCUUGAUUUAAUCCACGUAAUCUUUUAAAAUAAUAUUUAAUCAAUUUAUAUGCG